CCGACCAGCGCGCGGGGCUGACUGCAGCACUUCCUCGAGGCGGAGGGACUAGAGCGCGCGCUCCGGUGGGGAAGUGGAAAAGGCGGAAGAAAGGACGUUGAAAUAAACUUGCCAACUUCUGGCUGACUGUCUAGAAAAAACAUUUGGAUAGUAAUGUUGCAGAAACACAGGUCCGUUCCUCCUGUGCUGGUUUAGUUAGCUAACACGGUCAGCCCGGCUCUGACACCCAGUCACCGCUCUCUCUCAGCCGGCCACACGGCUCCACGGGACUCCGGCACUUUGAACCAGACUUUAACCGACCCGGAGCCUCCACCGUCACAAAGUCACAGUUAUCUGUUGUUAAAGUGCAGUGACAGACACUCAGUUUCACUAACGUUACACACAACCCGCUCGGCGGGACUCGGGCUUCUCCUCCUGGUGGGAAAAGUUGUCCGCUGGUCGGUCGGUCGGUCGGUGGUCUGGUUGGAGGAGCCGACGAGGCCUGCAGUCGAGGCGGCUGCAUGUGUGGAGACUGUUGCUGCUGCAGGCGACGAGUGACUCACACACCGAUAGCCCACAAACAUGUCGGCCCAGGCACAGAUGCGAGCCAUGCUGGACCAGCUCAUGGGGACGGGGAGAGACGGAGAUACCAUGCGGCAGAGAAUCAAAUUCACAGAUGAGCGAGUCUGCAAAAGUCACCUCCUGGAUUCAUGUCCUCAUGAUAUUCUGUCAGGCACCAGAAUGGAUCUGGGAGAGUGUAUGAAAGUACAUGACUUGGCCCUCAGAGCAGACUACGAGAUCGCCUCUAAGGAGCAGGAGUACUUCUUCGAACUAGAUGCUGCUGAACACCUUCAGUCUUUCAUCGCUGACUGCGACCGGAGAACCGAACUGGCAAAGAAGAGACUAGCCGAGACACAGGAUGAGAUCAGCGCUGAAGUGGCUGCAAAGGCUGAACGUGUCCACGAGCUGAAUGAAGAGAUCGGGAAGAUGCUGGCUCGAGCGGAGCAGCUUGGCAGCGAGGGGAACGUAGACGAAGCCCAGCAACUGCUUGAAAUGGUGGAGAAGACCCGGGGCUUGAAGAAAGAAGCAGAGGAUGUGUACAGAAACUCGAUGCCAGCCUCCAGCUUUCAACAACAAAAACUAAGAGUGUGUGAGGUGUGCUCUGCUUACUUGGGUCUUCAUGACAAUGAUCGUCGUCUAGCUGACCAUUUUGGGGGCAAACUGCACCUCGGCUUCAUUGAAAUACGGGAGAAGCUUGAAAAGCUCAGGAAAGCAGUUAUAGAGAAACAAGAAAGAAUGCGAACAAGAAGACGAGAGGAACGUGAAAGAGAUGACGAAAGAGAGCGACAGUGGGAGUUGGAGCGGGAACGAGAAAGAGAGCGGGAACGAGAGCGCGAAAGGGAGCGAGAAUGGGAAAGGGAGCGAGAAAGGGAGAGGGACCGAAGGAGGUCAAGAUCUAGAAGUGGAGAACGAUACAGGGAAGGGGGCUCGUCGUCCUCCCAUCAUUCAAGACGCCACCACUCUUCUCGUUCCAGAGAAGAAGGUGGAGAACGGGAUCGGGAGAGGGAGAGGAAACAUCGACACAAGGACAGCCAUCGCUCGCGCUCCCACUCUCACAGACGCAAAAAGAAGAGGUCCUCCAGAGAAAGAUCAUCUCACACUCGCGAAAGAGAGCCCUCGCCGUCCCAGGAGCAGUCUGCAGAGGGUUGGCGUGAGGACAAGCCAGAGUGCAGAGACUGGGCGGACAAAGAGAAGUCCCCGAAUGCGGACACAGCCAAGGGCAGGGAACGAGAGAGAUCCCUGUCGUACGAGCGGGACCGACGCUCCAGCUCAGAGGAGCGAGAGUCCGGGGAGAUAUGAACAGAAGUGGACAUCUCCAAAGUCUUUUGAUUUGGAUAUAUUAAUUACUAAAAAGGCGCAUGGAGAGAUGAGUGUGUGUUGGCGUGAAUGUGUGUGUGUCUGCUUUGUAUGUGCGUUCAUGUUUAAAGAGGGAUGUGUACAUUAGCAGGGGUGGAUGGUGGAAGCCUAGCAUGGGGAUGAGGGAACGGCUUCAGUGGUGGCGGUCAAAGAAACAUGCAAAACCAACUUUUAUAAGAAUGAAUUGUGAAGCUGGUGUGAACUGGAAGCAGUACAGUCAUUUUUUAUGCCAUCUCGUCGAUCGUAUGUACAGUUACUUUGACAGUGACGAGUGAGUGAAGAGACAGCAGUCCUACUUUGAGUCUGUUAUGAUUUUGCUCACAAGUGCUGUUAUUUUUUUUUUAUCAUUAGUUGAACCUUCAAUGUUGGUACUGUUUUUUUCUCUUCUCUUCCAUUAGAAAUCAAUCAGUUUCAGUAGCUGUGGAUUAAUUUACAAGGGUUGGAUUCAUUAAUGGGGCAUCCCUUUCAGUAAUGUUUGAAAUGAGCUGUGAAUGACUGAAGGCACUUCUGAUGUUUGUGUUUUAUUUUCUGCCUUCGAGCCAUAACAAUCUCAUUUGGGAAAUCCGUUACACAUCCCCAAGCCUGCCUUUAAUUCGGGAUGCAGUGAAGAGCUCCUACUUUGAAAAUAAACUCUCUGGUCCCCCUGAAAGAAGUCAUCCAAAUAGUUCAGCUCAGUUCCUGACAUGUGAAUGCAUAAAGAUGAUGUGCAUAUUUACAUACUGACACUUAAAGGCCCAGGGACUCACGUCCUGUUUGCUGUGAUACAACCUGGUUGUACUGGGGGAGUCUACUUUGCUGUGCCACCAUUAAGUGAAUAAAAUUUACUGCUUCUAUUCAAAUACAA